AUGAUGCUUGCGCUUAUCGCGGCGGCCCUCGGCCUAUCCACCUGUGCUUUUGCCGCACCACUCUCCAUCAACACCACAACUGAGAGUUAUUCCUUUCAUGUCGUUACGGCUACAAGCAAUAGUAGCAACUUCCAGUUAAGGCUACGGCCCAACCAGUACGAUGUUGAUUUUGGAUAUCCUGCCGGAACGUUCCACUAUGUUGGCAUAGAUGCCGCAGAUGCGGUGUUGGUUGCCAACUUGAGAGACGGAGUCUUGUAUAGCCAAGGACGCGAUGCCGACGGCAGCCUAUAUGAUCUCGGGCCCACAGGGUACAUAAACCUCAAAGAAUCCGUCGGCACUUCGUCAUCCUAUUUAUUCAGCUUUGUUAAUGCCACCAUUUACCCGCCCGCACUUGAUGCGGGGUGGCUGUUGAGCCCCAGUGAUGGUGGUGCUACAUAUGAGCUGCUUUACACGGAGGCGGAGGGAGUUGUUAACGGCUGGCGAUGGUGCAUAGCAGAUUUCGAUCUAGAUUACGGCCCGUGGUCUUAUUUGGAGUAUUUUACAUAUACCGAUACUCCUACGUUUGACUCUUACUGUGUGCCUGCGACUGUUCUGGCAACUGUUGUAAAAUGA